AUGAUCAAGUCUUCAAAUCGAUCAUGGGGCCCCGACGAUAGCUGGAUGGCAUUCGCAUUAUUCCCCCUCAUAUGUCGUACUGUUGCUAUGAUCAGGGUUUUUGGUCUGAGACUCUCUCCGUCAAGAGAUGACCAAGCGUUAUCACAAAAACUCCUCUUGGUCGGUCGCGUAUUCUAUGCUCUUUUGUUUUGGAGUCAUGAACACCUGCACCAUCCAUGUCGGAAAGGCAUGGCUGAUUUGCUCACAAUGGGCACCUUGAAUAUCGCAACCGAUCUUGCUUUGAUUCUUUUCCCCAUCCCAAUGCUCUGGAGAAUGACAUCCCUUGAUUUUCAAGCUCGGAAUAUUGGUUGUUGCAAUUACGGUUACGCGGCUGCCUCUUAUAUUGAGUCAAUCGGUGGCUCAGUCAACACGUUCUCUAUGGGCAUCCAUUGA